AGCAAAAGCCACACCAAAAUGCGGGGUUUGUUCUCCGCCCGUGGGAUAACCUCCGCCCGCCUUCUUCCCCACCGCCGUUCCCUGUUCUGCUCCACAUCGUCAAUUGCGGCACUUGCACGAGAUGUCGCACGUUUUCCACGGCACGCUAAUCACGCUCAUGCGCCGAGGCAGCUCGCUCAUCAAUCCCGAGCUGACGGCAGAAGACUCUACGACGACGACAGCAACAGCGACAAGCGAACCAAUCAGCGCGGUCGAGCGGCAUUGGAAGACGUGGAUCAAGACCGAGGCUACGAUCCGCACCGCGUUUUUCGCGUUCAUAGUCGAUAUCCAGCACGCGGAGAUGUUUGGCCACACGCCUGCGCUGUACGCGAACGAGUUGUCGCUCGACCUACCCUGCGACGACGAGCUGUGGAACGCGAGCGAUGCGGAACGGUGGGGGAUGUUGAUGAAGAGCAGCGCGCGGAGCAGCGGGGGUCGGAAACGCACGAGUUUCUUUUCGAGCUUGAAGCUUGUGAUGUCGCAUGGGUGGAAUCGGCUGCGGUUGAAUCCGUUUGGGAGGUAUAUCGUUCUGCAUGGCUUGCUGUCGAUUUCGUGGACGAUGCGGCAGAGGGGGAUUAUCUCGAUUGGGAUCUCGAGUAAGGAGAAGAAGGAUAUGUCGGAGGCCGCGAGUCCGAGGGGGUCGCCGCCGCCGCCGCAGCAGCAGCAGCAGCAGGGGUCGGGAGCAGAGACGGGGACGAGGCAGGGCGGGUUGAUUGCGCAGGCGGUUAAUCGUGCGGCGAGUGUUGCAGCUGCGUCGUCGCCUGCGGAUGCUAUGAAGGAGGGGGGUAGUAAUAAUGCGAACGGAGAAGGCACUGAAGCGGCAGGUUCACCAGCAGCAGCAGGAGGAGGAGCGGCAGCAGCAGCAACAACAGCAGGAGCAGCAGCGGUGAGCACGACAGCAGGGGACUGGACGAGUGUGAUUUACAAGGCGUUCGAGACGUGGAAGCUUGCGUUUGAUCUUUCAGAGAGCGAGAAUCCGUCUGCGAGCGGGAUUCCGUUUAUCCUUGCGUCGUCGUCGCUGCACCGGCUGGGAAUUAUACGGCUGUACACGGACGUGCUGCAGCUGCACGUGUAUGCUGGACUAUCGCAUGUAUUAGGCCGGCCCAUCCGUGCGCAGGAUUGGCUACGAGCCGAGGAUGCGAUGAAGGCGUGGGCGCGGUCACCGGGGAGUUAUCUGUCGGUGUGGCACGCGAGCCGGCUUGUGUCGGGGGCGUUUCUGGGUCAGGCGGGGCAGUAUUCUGCGGAUAACGACGUGGUGCUGCAUCGGCCUUGGUGUUUGUAUUUGGGGUGUCUUGUGUUGUGGGCGUAUGGGUAUGCGAUGGAGGAUUGUAGUCGAAAGUAUUCUGAUUAUGUUGCGGUGAAGGCUGCCGCGGAGGAGGAGGAGGGGGAGGAGGGAGAGCGGCGGGGGAAUAGUGGCGGCAGCAGCAGUUAUCACAGGUUUGGCAAGUUUCCAACCGGCAAACGCAGCAGACCAAGCAGUGAAUCAACAGCAGCAGCAGCAGCAGCAGCGCCGGAAUUCAUCCACACCACAACCCCAAGCUGGAACGCGCGGGAGGACAUGGAGCGGUACUUGGAGUCGCUGCUGGCGGUGAGCGAGCCGGCGGAUAUCCCGAAACUGGCGACGAAGAACUGCACGAUUGGGUUGAUGGCGUAUGCGGGGGAGUUGUUUCGGAGUUGUCGGUGGACGUUGUUGGGUGAGGAGGCUGCGUAUCAUUGUUCGAGGUUGGCGUGCGCUAUUCCUGUUAGGUCGUGAUGUAUAUAGAAUGUAUAACUAUAUUAGAGUCAAUGAAAAGAACCUAAGCUAUUGCUGUCUGUCAUAACCCAACUGUUGCAACGGACUUGAAACAGAGAUUCAUCAUCAUCAUUAUUGCUGUAAUGACUAGUAAGAUAUUACUAGUAUUGUCUGCUAUAUGGUAUAAGCGUACCCUGACCCGAUGUGAGGAGUAGUGGAAGUA